CGUGUAAGUUUCACGUUUCAACCGCUGUGAUUUAGGGGGGGGUUGCAAAUCCCCCUUUUACUUGUACGAAGCGGGAAAGCAGAAGCAAAGCAGCACUGCAGCAGUCAGCGAUUCAGCACAGACACUCACCAGUCCGAGUCGCCGAGAGCCACAGCCUGACACAGGCCACAACCAGAGUCAGUGCUGGGAGCGAGAGGGAGACGGAGGGACGCACGGCGAUGGGAUGACCACGACACUCUGUUGGCGUCUUCCCCCUCUGUCUCCCUCUCCCUUCUCCCACUAACGUGAAGACCGAAGGCCCCUCCAGUCCCGCCCACCUUUUCACCCUGAACUUUAGCUGGAUGAAAGUUCCCCUCCCUCCCUCACAUUUCCUGGCUGAGAAAGUCCCUCUUCCCCUCCAUACCCUCAAAUUCUUCGAACUGCCACCUCCACCUCCACCACCUAUUGUCCCAUUCAUUGUACACGCAACUGAAUUGCAUCUGGCAACGAUUGUUCACUGUUCCUGCACAUCCCGAAUCCAUAUACUUUGUCGUCGGCGACGCUUAGUUUCCUCCAUUCACCGCCGCUAUCUUCCCGUAACACGGAAAAAGCCCACGCUGUCUCCUUCCCUUUCCCUUCCGAUCAUCAUCGUCACCCACGGCUCCUCGCAAACGCAUCGAACCCGACUCCCUCACCCAACUCAGACCCGACAUAUCAUCCAUACCCUUUCCAGUAAAUGCGUCGGCAUGCACCCGGUCAAACACCAACUGUCGUCCUGCCCGCCUUCAAAUUGAACUCCUCGCGCAACCCGAGUUGCUGCUCCUCCACCAUCCGGACCACCCCAUCUCC